GCCUCUAAUUUAUUUGAGGCUUCUGAUUUAUUUGAUGUUUCUGAUUCAUUUGAGGCUUUUGAUUUAUUUGAAACUUCUGAAUUAUUUGAAGUUUUCAAAUUAUUUAAAUUACUUAAAGGCAGCAACCUUUUAACAUUGUUAAUUAGCAGUAAAAGCACAUCUUUUUGUUUUUCAGAUGAGUAG